AUGUCUGCAGAAGGAGUUACGACGAGAAUGCGGAAGAGGAAGGUUGGUCAGAGAGAUUUAUGGGACGUGAUUGUGAAGAACGACGAUAUUUGUUUUAAACACAUUCUGCCGAGAUUGAAUUCGACGGAUGUGAAAUUCUUGUACGGAGUGAAUACAGAGACGAGAGCGUUGGUGAAGAGAUCAUCUCGCGCGGGUGAUUUGAAAGAGAAGUUUAAAUUUGAAGAGAUGUCGUCGAUAUCGACUUUGGAAGUUGCUUGGGAGAAUCGACGGGGGUUGUGGAAGGACGAAACACUUUUCUGCGUUCGAGUUGCUUGUACGAAUAAACUCGAGUUGCUCAAGUGGGCGCGAGAGGAGAAAAAGUGUAAGUGGGAUAAAUAUACGAUUAUUGCGGCCGCACAAAAAGGUAAUCUGGAAAUGGUGAAGUAUUGCGUUGCAAAGAAGUGUCCUAUCAAUGAGACGGCGUGUGCAGGUGCUGCCUGGAAAGGUCAUCUCGAGGUACUCAAAUACUUACACGAAGAAGCGAAAGCGCCUUGGGAUUUGGAUACUGCCAGUUGCGCGGCUUUUAAUGGUGAUCUUCACAUACUCGAAUAUCUUGUUGAACGCAAGUAUGAUAAAUAUAGCGUGUUGGCGUGUGCGAAUACAGCCGAAAAAGGUCAGUUAGACUGUUUGAAGUACUUGCGCGAAACCGCCAAAGCGCCUUGGGACGCCGACGCCGUACGAAAAGCGCACGAGAACAACCACCCCGAAUGUGUACAAUACCUCCUCGACAAUAACUGUCCGUUACCGUUUGGUUGGCGAUACGAACAUGGAGAGCUACACACGAUUUAA